CAUUCUGUAUUUUGUGCAGGAAAUGUCCUGAUCUCUUCUUCUCUGCAGAGGAAGACUAGACUUCUGGUAAUAGCUAUCCAUACUGCCCUUGAGCUAUAUAUAUAAUACAGAUGUUCUGUCUGGGCAUAAACUUCUUCCCUGGCACUCAUACUUAUCUUACAAAUAUUUGUUCAUAACCUUUCAGAGACAUAUUGCUAGGGAAAUUUGGUGUGAUCAGACUGCUGGGACACAGGCAUUAUCUUGUGUCCACCAAGUUUCUGUAGCUUUUGAUUUUGAAAAGAGCCUUGUCCUACAAAGAAGACAAAUGGUCUAAGGAUGAAGAGAAGUCAUCUGAAGAGAAAAAAGGAAGGUAAGAUUAUAAAGUAUGCUGGUUACUCCUCCACUAUGCUUCAUCUGCCAAACCAGUGAGAAAUUGUGGAACUUUGGAUCCUGCUUCUUCAAAAGAAAGAGACAAAGGCAAAUAAAUCUGAAACUUAGUCGUAUGGAGGAACAAAACCAACAACUGGACCUGGUGUUCUCACAGACCGAGAGCCGAGGCAGCCGCCGUCACAGCAGCAACAGAUGCAGGGAGAUCCUCUCCUCCGGCGUCCGUACUUCGAAACUCAGCAUCUAGUUAGGGGUCCGAGUCCCCGGGGAAGCUGCGCCUCAUCGCUCCCCAGUGAGAGCUUGGGGACCUGAAGCGGAAAAGGAGACACGAUGCCAGCGUCUGUGUUGGGCCUGUGGCUGGCGUGGGCGCUGCUAGGGGUGGCCCAGGGCUGCACCGAACCCUGCGCCUGCGUGGACAAGUAUGCGCACCAGUUUGCAGACUGCGCGUACAAAGACCUGCAGGAGGUGCCGUCAGGGCUCCCUGCCAACGUGACCACGCUUAGCUUGUCUGCCAACAAGAUCACCUCGUUGCGCCAGGGUGCCUUCGCCGAGGUCACGCAGGUCACUUCUCUGUGGCUAGCGCACAACGAGAUCAGUGCCAUCGAGCCGGGUGCCCUAGCGGUCCUGGUCCAGCUUAAGAACCUGGACAUCAGCCACAACCAGAUCGUUGACUUCCCCUGGGCGGACCUGCGCAACUUAAGUGCCCUGCAGCUGCUCAAGAUGAACAAUAACCGCAUGGCGGCGCUGCCGGCCGACGCCUUCCGCAAUCUGCGCGACCUGCGCUCUCUGCGCAUCAACAACAACCACUUCAGCUUCAUAGCGGAGGGUACCUUCGACGCGCUCACCUCGCUAUCCCACCUGCAGAUCUACAACAAUCCCUUCGACUGCACUUGCCGCCUUCUGUGGCUCAAGGCAUGGGCGGAGAACACCCUCAUCUCCAUCCCCGAGAGAGAGUCCAUCACGUGUGCCUCGCCCCCAGCCCUCAAGGGGGUGCCUCUGGGAAGCCUCCCAGCUCUGCAAUGCGCGCCGCCCACAGUGCGCCUUAGUUACCAGCCCAACGUGGAUGGAGGAGAGUUCCAGGAUGGCCUGGCCUUGGCCCUGCACUGCGUUGUCACAGGUCACCCCCAGCCUCAGAUCCAAUGGCGGAUCGAAACAGCCGGAGGAGCACUGCUCAUCGAGCGACCCAACGCCAGCGAGGCCGGGGAAGAGAUGCCCUCGAUCUCUCCACAGCGCUUCCUAGCCUUCUCCAAUGGCACCUUACUUAUCCCGCACCUGAGCAAGAAGGAAGAGGGCACCUACACGUGCCGGGCAGACAACGAGCUGGGCAGCAACGAGACAUCAGUGAGCGUCGCUGUGGCUGGGCCGCAGAAAUACCCCCCGACCUCCCCCAGAGGAGAGCUCCCGGGCCUAGGGAGCAAAGGCUCAGGAGGAGAUCGCAAAGCUUCUGGAAAAGGAUAUGGUAAUAGCGUCUUGACCUCUAAAGGCGAGGAGAGGACCAAAGGCCGGGGCGCCUGGGGAGGACAGGGCAGGGCAUCCGCUGCACGGACCCCAGGGGUUCCCGAGGAUGUGGAGGUGGAGGCAGAGGCAGAAGACGAGGACCCCUUUCGACCACCUCCAUUUGAGAGACGCUGCGGGCAGGGGGACCCUACAAUGUACGUGUCCAACCACGCCUUUAACCAGAGCGCCGACCUCAAGCCCCACGCCUUCGACCUGGGCGUAAUUGCCCUGGACGUGGCUGAGCGUGAGGCCAAAGUACAACUGACCCCGUUCGCUACCAGGCCAGAGAAGCGGCACCUGCGCAUGCUCUACCUGUGUGCGGAGGGUGGCCACUCAGUAGUGCAGUGGUCCCGGAUCGAGGAGGGCGUCAAUUCCUACUGGUUCCAAGGCCUGAGUCCCGGCACCAACUAUUCUGUGUGUCUCACUUACGUAGGCGAGGCCUGCCAGGUGCAAGUCGUGUUCACCACCAAGAAAGAAGUGCCCUCCCUAGUCAUAAUCGUCGUGGUCAGCGUCUUCCUCCUGGCACUGGCCACCGUGCCCCUGCUGGGGGCCACGUGCUGUCAUCUUCUCUCCAAGUACCAGGGCAAGACCUACAGGCUUAUCAUGAAGGCGCAGAACCCUGACCAGAUGGAGAAACACAUUGCCGCUGACUUUGACCCCCGCGCUUCCUACCUGGAGUCUGAGAAGAAUUACAGUCCUACCGACUCUGGUCCCGGGGUGGGAGAGGGUACUGGGCCCGGGAGCAGGAUUGGGACAGGGAUUGGGGAAGAGGAGGAGGAGGACCAGGAGGAGGAAGAGGUGGGCGUAGGACUGGAGAGGGACGAGAGUCUAGUGGCCGGCUCCCUUCCGGAGUCCCAAUCCAAGACCAACCAGGAGGAGUUUGAGGCAAGCUCAGAGUACAGCGACCGCUUGCCUCUGGGGGCUGAGGCGGUUGAUAUAGCCCAGGAAAUUAAUGGGAACUAUAGACAGACAGAACGCUGACCUUCCUCUCCCCUCCUCCCCAUCCUCUUCAACCCUUCAAUUCCUGCCUGGCCCCCAACCUCCGAUAUUGGGAACCAAAAGAAAACGGGGUGGGGGAGGGGACGGGAACAGAUAUAAUCUAAAACAUUUCACGUUAACAGCACACAUGAGGUUGCUCUGGGGUAUUGACCCUAAAACUUUCGGCAUGCAGUCGAAUUGCGGGGAAUACAAUUCUCCUUCCUUUUGCCGCGGAUGUCCCCUAUACCCAGUCCCCGGAGGCUAAGCCCCUCACCCGAAAGCCCUUUAAAUUGAACCAUCCCUCCCCGUCUCAUUUCUAGAUGCUUUCCUCUUGGAGCAGGUGGAUUUAUUCCUUAAUGACCCGAGCCCUGCUCCUUUAGAAUUUUGAAACAAACAAACAAACAAAGAAAACAAAAGUCCCUUUCCUCCUUCCGUGACUUUGAAGGGAACAAAAUCUAAGCUCUGAGUCCUCCUCCUUUUAUCUCCACCUCAACCAUUUGUUAGACAAAGAAACAGAAGGGACUUGGGGACUGGGGCAAGUUGCAACUCACCACUCUGUGAUUUUAAGAUGUGUUGUUUUUAAAAGAAAAUCAUGCCAUUAUUGGAUCUGGUGCUAACAACCCCGCUUCCCCGCCUGAUGGGAAAUAAGGGUCUCUUAUUCACUCACUCACUCAUUCAUUCAUUCAUUCAUUCAUUCUCUGUGUUACUGUCUCACUUUUUUCAGCCUUGCCUUCUCUCUCUCUCUCUUUCUCCCUUCUUUCCCUUAAAACCGGGAUUCUGGCCGAUCACUCUCUCCCACUCUCUGCCCGAUCACUGCCCGUCCCACUCUCCAAGAAGGUGCGAGUUGGUUCCCACUAUGUAUUUCGUUGUAACUAUCUUUGGAUUUCUUGAGGUCUCCGAGCUGGACAGAUCCAGCAUCUGCUGCAGUCAUCCGUCCUAACUCUGGAGGCAACUCUGUAGGAAACGGAAAAAAGAAGGGGCUAAGAAAGGGCCCCAAGAACUCCCCCUCCCCGUUCGCGUCCCCUAACCUGGCAAUCAACUCCAUGUGGAACAGAUUUGGGUCUCCCAUACCGAGCCCACGCCUCGGAAGGCGAUCUGUAGAGGUUAAAGGUGUGUGUCUUUGUACUUGUGGCUUGGACUGAUCUUCAACCGUGAGUGCUUUAAAUUUGUUCGGCACAAAAUAUCUGUAUAUAGCUAUGGAGCGAGGGCAGAGAACGAAUCUCUGUUUUCUUUUUGUGGAUCUCGGCGUCCCGCCCGGCCCUCCUCCCCCUUAUCCCUACGAAUGGAUGUGGUGUUCCCCAUCGAGAACCGUAUUUGCUCAACGUGUAUCCCUAGGCUAGCGUGCUUUCUAGAAAUAAAAGUAUGUGUCCUGUUAAUUGUAAACCUGUAGUCUUAGCGGGGGGGGGGGGGGGGGGGAGGUAGGGAUAAAGACUCAGCCGCAGACCACCCGGGUCCAGCUCAGCCCGGCCAGUCUUCAGCCCGGCAAGCGUUCCGAGAUCUUUCUUUCCUCUCUUUCUUAAAAGAAAGAAUUGGAUUUCUUAAGAUGUGUUGGGGGCGGGGAGGUGGAGUGGGGUGGGAGGUUAUAGUGUUGUGUUUGUUUGUUUUGGAGAGGGGCUAUUUUUCCCUGGCCUUGAGACAAAUUUCUUCUACCCAUCGCCCAGCUCAGCACAAGCUCUUCCUCUGGGGGUCCUUCCCCGCGGAGCCGUAGAGUACAGCUAACCCUCCCUCCCUCCCCAUUGAACUCUCAAAUCGGUGACCUUUCCUAAAGCGCUUCUGUGUGUAGAGUCAAUAAAAGAAAUAGAUUCAAAA